CCUGCCCUCCCUCAAUUUCGAAAAUCUCAAAUACGCGGGUCGGAACCUCUGAACUAAAAUAAAAAAGGAGGAAAACCCAGAAGAAGGCUCGAUUUUUUCUCCAUCUUCCGAGGAGAAAUGGAUUUGGACCCGGAUGAAGUUUUCAGAGACGAUGAAGAUGACCCAGAGAACCAAUUCCAUCAGGACAGAGAGGUUACCAAAGAACUUGUGGUUUUCUUGGUGGAUGCUUCCCCGAAAAUGUUCAGCACCGCUUCUCCAUCAGAGGAUCAGAAGGAUGAAACUCAUUUCCACAUUGCUGUUAGUUGUAUUGCACAGUCGUUGAAAACCCAGAUCAUUAAUAGAUCAUACGAUGAAGUUGCAAUCUGCUUCUUUAAUACUAGGGAAAAGAAGAACCUGCAAGAUUUAAAUGGUGUUUAUGUCUUCAAUGUUGCUGAAAGAGAAGAUCUAGAUAGGCUGACAGCAAAGCUUAUAAAAGAAUUUGAUCUUGUUGAAGUAUUUAUUUCUUUCAUUGACUUUGUCUUAAUAGAAGAUAUGAAGGACCAAUUGAGGAGGCGUAUAUUCCGAAAGCGAAUAGUUAGAAAGAUUACAUUCAUAAUUUCGAGUGGAUUGUCAAUUGAACUUAAUACCUAUGCUUUACUUCGUCCUACGGUUCCAGGGGCAAUAACGUGGCUUGAUUCUGUCACUAAUCUUCCUUUGAAGACUGAAAGAUCUUUUAUCUGUGCUGAUACUGGGGCAUUAAUGCAAGAACCUGUGAGACACUUUCAGCCUUACAAGAAUGAGAAUAUCAAGUUCUCAGUGGAGGAGUUAUCUGCCUUAAAAAGAGUUUCAUCCGGGCACCUGCGUCUUCUUGGAUUCAAGCCAUUAAGUUGCUUAAAAGAUUAUCACAACUUAAGGCCAUCAACCUUUGUGUAUCCCUGUGACCAGGAAGUGAUUGGUAGCACUCGUGUCUUCAUUGCCCUGCACAGGUCCAUGCUACGACUUCAGCGCUUUGCUGUCGCAUUUCAUGGUAGUUCAUCUCCUUAUCGAUUGGUUGCUCUUGUUGCUCAAGAUGAGAUUAUUCGUCCAGGUGGUCAGAUUGAGUCACCGGGAAUGCACAUGAUAUAUCUUCCAUAUUCUGAUGAUAUCAGACAUGUUGAAGAGCAUUUUCUGAACACUGAUGCUGCUGUUCCCCGAGCAAGUGACGAUCAAAUUAAAAAAGCAGCUGCUUUGAUGAAACGCAUUGACUUGAAAGACUUCUCAGUUUGCCAGUUUGCUAACCCUGCCUUGCAGAGGCACUAUGCAAUAUUGCAGGCCAUAGCAUUAGACGAAGAUGAGAUGCCUGAAACUAAAGAUGAAACACUCCCUGAUGAGGAAGGCAUGGCCAGACCUGGGGUGGUGAAGGCAGUAGAAGAAUUUAAACUUUCUGUUUAUGGGAAUGAUUAUGAUGAGGGAAGUGAGGCAGGCAAUGGAAAAGCAAGUGACACCUCUAAAAAGAGAAAAGCAGAUGCUGAACUUGUUGCUAAGGAGUAUGCAAAUUAUGAUUGGGCUGACCUUGCUGACAAAGGAAAGGUAAAGCUCUGUACUGUUUUAAUCAGACCUUGGAUUCUUUAGGUUAUUUUUUUAACUGGAAUUACAAAUGACGGGUGCUUAACCAAAGGUCACUCUUUUUGAAAUUUUUAAGCUUUAUUGGUUUGGACAAACCUGAAUUCCAAAACCCUCCCAGUAGAAUGUGAACUUUUUGAGAUUUCAGAGAUAAUUAUUUAUCCCAAAACUAAUGGAAGAUGAGCACCGAUUAGCAUAAACAUUUGAAUUUCAGCAUUCGGCUAAUGUUUUAUUCCAAUCUUUUUUCACACUUGAAAAAGUACUUCAGAAAGUAUCACUUGAAAAGCUUGAUACGUCAUGAUAUUUGGAGUCUAUUGUAAACCUAUUCACGUGUAUUGGGCGAAAUAAACUUGGUUCCCUAUGACAAACAAAAAGUUGAAAUAAAAACUGGGA